AACCAACAGUCACGAUCAAAAAAACCAACCAACCCCCCAAACAUGACUUCUCCAGAAUUGAAAUAUGCAAUUGACCACACCACGCUAUCGCGAUUGCAGAGUCUGCUGAAAUCAGUAUGCGACGCGUCGCAAGAAGCGCGUGUUCUCGUCGAAGGACAGCUUCUGGCCACACCGACUACCGUCAUCGAUCUCACAGACGAGCACGAGCAUACACCCACCACGUACACUGGCGUGAAAAGACAACGCUAUGCCAUGUGCGAGCAUUGCAAAGAAGAGUUUGAUGUCCUCGAAAAUGAUGAGGAAAGUUGUCAAUAUCACGACGGCGAGCUCGAAGUUGAUUGGGAUAGCGACACCUGGGUCGAUUGGGACCAAAGAUGCCACGGCACCAUCGAUAAUGAUCUCUUCGACGAGUACCCCGGAGGCUUCAAAUGGGAUUGCUGCAACGAGGCUGGAAACGAGGAAGGGUGUGUGAAUGGCCCGCAUGAG